ACACCGGAGACUGCCGCAUGUUGUGUGGGGCUGCAGAUCUGUCGAUGGUCCCGGUUCUGCUGGCAGAGAUCCGCGAGAUUCUGGCUGAGAUGUCGGAGGAUGCGCCAAACAUGGCCAUGGCCCGGUAUGCGGUCGAGCUGCGGGAGCGGCUGGACGACGAGCGCAUCAGGCAGCAGAUCGACAACAACGUGUUUGACCCAGAGCCUGUAGUUGAGUACCUGGCCCAGGUGAUGCACAAGCUGGCGCGGCCCGAGCAUUUUGCAUCGAUCGACAAGCUGAUCGAGUACGCGCGCAGCGGGCGGUUUGCGCGGGCUCUGCGGAAUGUCGUUUGAUGUGCUGGAGGUGCUCAAGAUCGACAUUGCCAACCGCAGCAUCGAGAUGUACCGCGAGUACAUGCGGUCAACGGCGGUGGCAUACGAGCGGUCGCAUUUUGGCAACAUGCUGCGGCGCAACAGUGUGCCUAUUGACGAGACGCGGGCGUGGUGGAAGAAGGAGUACGACGCGGCGCGUGCUCAGUUCCAGAGCCUUGACGAUAUCUUUUCGCAUGUAUUCCGGACCCUCGUGCUUGGGGGUGACCGGCCGGUGCCGAAGCUGAUGCACAUGGACGAGGCGCGCAUCAACGGAAUCCGGCGCGAGUACGAGCGCCUGGAGAUCGUGGGCUACCUGUUUAUGGGCUUCACGCAGUUCAUUCAGGCUGUCGGCCGAGCCACAGCAUCAGCAGUCGGGCCAUCGGACCAGCAGCAGCAGCCUGAGUUUAGGACCGAGAACGGGCGUGUUGACUUUGAGCGGCUGGGCAAGGAGUGUCUGAAGCUGGUCCCCGAGUGCUUUGUAGUCAACUGGAGUGACUCGAUCGGGGACUCUACCGCUGGUGAGUGGCGGAUGCCCGGUGGCGCGCGGGGCGAAGUCAGGGCCAGUGUGCUGGUGACGCAGCUGGUGAGUCUUGCUGGCCGUGUUCUGGGCCGCAAGAUCCAGCCGGCCGAGGUGACUCAGCUAUGGCGUGCUGUGCGCAGCGUGGUGCAGAGCGGCAGCCCGGUACGCGGGAUUGUCGCGGGCCGCAUUAGGAGUGCUGUUGAGAUGCAUCUGUCGUCCUUGGAGGUCAACAGCACCCGUUUCCGCGGCGAUGCCUGGGAGGCGAUGCCUGAGGACGCCAAGCUGAUGCUGCGCCGGUCGAUGCUGGGCUUCCUGGAGCCCGUGCUGUCGAGUCUGGCAAUCAAAGUCCAUGCAAUCCGGGCGCACCACUGGCUCGUGUACAAGUCGUUCUACCAAGCUCUCAUCAGUUCCAACUCACAGCUGGUCCAGCAGACAGUCACGGUCGCGAAGGCACCGUCCGCAUCAUCUGCUGCUGUUGCUCAGUCACAGGCGCUGUGAAGACCACCAGCCCACACAUACCCACACAUGCACACCUAGCCAUCCACCCAUCCACCCAUCCACACACUACCUCUGGAGACUGGCGAGCCUGUCUCCGACCUUGUUUAUUGCCUCCUUUUCACUUCACUUCGAGAUACACUCAGUAUUUUCUUAACCACCUUUCCAUAUUACCCUCUAAUUUCUUCUCACUCACUCACAACCAAGUGCAUAUUAAUUCCAUUCCAUUCCAUCUGAAACCACCACCA